AGGUCUUAGAGAACCUUUGAAGGACUAGGCAGCAGCUGACCUUGCUUUACUGACAAACAGCAUGCAAGUGCUAGAAAUAAGAUGGCUAUUUAUCAGUCCUAGCUUAAAGAAGACAGACAGACCAGAGGAAGUUAAGGAUCAGGAUCCUUUUCCAACAGUCCAUCAAUAGGCUAGCGGAGAUAGGAAAUAAUUUUGUCCAAAGAGAUUUCUUGAUGGCUGUAGUAGUAUCUUCAUUCAUAACCCAGUAAUUGCCCAAUCUGAAGGCUGUGUAACAUCAAUUUGAGUUAGUCUUAGACAUUGAAUAUUGUGUGUCAGAGAUUUUUUCUUAAAUUUUUGUUUCUUUUUGCAUGAAGAAGGCAGUGAGAUUCCAUAUGUUCCACUUGCAAUUUCUGCUGGUAUUAGCAAGGCUCAUUCCAUUAAAUGUGUUCUAUUCAAAAUCAGAUUCCAGAAUAGCAACUUCAGCAAAUUCCAUACCUGUAUAAAACAGCUGGUUUCCAACGUAUUACAAGCUCUUUGGUGCAUUAUAGAAUGAUAAAUAAUAAAUAUAAACUUAUCCAUUUUGAUUUUGACAACAGCUUGAGCUUCACUUUACGCUGACUGUUUGCUUCUAAACCAAUAGGAAUGCUAGCUCAUAUAUUCAGGAAUUAAACUUGAGUCAGGUUGAACUGAAAUUCCAGUGAUCUCGAGCAUGUAAUGUUUUGAAGUUCACAUUACUGAAGUUAUGUAUCUUGUUUUCUUGUGGCUCCUCAUUCAAUUGCAUUCUUUUCUUGACUGGAGAAACUCUUAUUUAAUACAGUAUUAGCGAAUUCAUUGAGCUUCCAUUGUUAUCAUGUGUGAAUACAAGCAUGUGAAGAUGAACAUAAAACUGAAAUCUGAAAGGGCGCAACUUUUUUUUUCUCCCUCCUUUCCACUUCAAUUCUCCCCUUUUCCACCAAACUGAAACAUAAAAAAACUUUAAAAAAAAAAAACAAAAAAAAAACUAUGUACAAUUCAUAUACUGUUGGCAAUAUAUAAUGUUAAACUUGGGGAUAUUUACUUAGUUGUUGUGGCAAAUUAUUUUACGAGCUUUCUUUUUUAUGCAGUUUCUGAGUUUAUUCUUGGUUGUCUUUGCUGAUCUUGAAUUUCUUGGUCCUGCAGAGAAAGACAUAAAAGGAAGAGUAGAAGUCCUUCCAAAUCUCCUAAAACAUCCAAAGCAACAAAAAGAAAGUCUUCACGAACUCCUUCUCCAAGAAGAAACAAUAAAGAAUAUAAAAAGAGAAAGGGAUACAAAUAAUGAAAGAAGAGAGAGAGAAUGCUCCACCUCCAAGAAAAAAAGUGAUAAAGAAAAAGAUAGAAAGGAGCAAUCUGACCAAAACACCACUACUUUGAAGGUUAAAAAAUCCACAAAAACAAUGUGUACUGUUUAUUCUUGGGAGUGGUGUGAUUUAAUGCUCUUGCCACUGUGUCCAUUUAAGACUAGAAAGUGCUUUACCAAAUAAAGUAUAGACAGUAAUUUUUGUGAUAUUUAAGCCAUAUGCUGUUGGCUGGUAAACAGCUUAUUCUGAUUUAAAUAAAAAUAAAAAUUUGUAUGCUUAUGGAAGACUGUGAAGUAUCAUGUCUUGCAACAACAGUUGUCUUAUAAUGUGUAAGUAGCAUAAAGCAGAGAUUGUAUACUUGUUAUCUUUGGCACCAUUUCACUAAUAAAAUUAGGUAUUUUAGAGGGAAGUUUCUGUUGGCAUGUACAUAUUAAAGGAAUAUUUUUAGUUGAUCAUCUGGUUUUAUUCAGGUAGCUUAUUUUAAUUUGAAAUGUGGAUACAAGUGAAAAUAUACAUAUAUUAUUUAUAUCUUUUAAAAGCUACGUUUCUCCUUCUCUGAGAGAAAUUAGAAAGCAUAUUGUGUUUCAGUUACUUAGUUUGAUUUCCUGCAUUUUGUUAUUCUAAAAUUGCAUAGCUUUACUAUAUAGCAGUUACAGGAUAUGUAAAAGAUUGUGCACAGUUAGAUAAGAAAAAAUACCUUAAAUAAAUGAUAAUUAAGGAUGGCAGCCUUACUAGCUAAUUUAUCACAUGUAAGUCCAUAUGCAACAUAUUAUAUUUUAUGUGAAUUAAAGGUUACCUUAGAAAAAAAGUUUUAAAGACCAAAGGGGGGGGGAAUAAAUUUUUAUUUUCUAGUUUUGCUUUGCACAUACUUUGCAGAUUUGUGAGGGUUAUUAAGUUAUAUAUGUUUGUAUUAGGGGCUUUACAGUUCUUCUCUUCCUAAAAUGCUGCCACUAGAGAACUAAAAGACCUGUCUCCAUAGAGGGUAGAUCAUUUUUAAAUCAGUAGUGUAGCACAGUAAUGAAGUUCAUGCUUGUUCCACCAGGAUUGUGUAAAUUAAUUGUGUUCAUGCUUGCUCCACCCAUUAAAUGUGUCUAUCUUUCACUGGAAGUCCAUUGUCUUCAUUGUAAUAAGUUUGCAUGCUGAGCUGCAAUGUCAGGUUGUUUGGUUUUGCACUUUAUAAAAUAGAGGAAAUUAAGCAAAGAUUUUGAGAACAGCAUAAUUCGUUAUAGCUGUAUUGUUUUUCAAUGUAAUUUUAUUUGAGUCGGCCUUUAAUUGAAAAUGUUGUGACUCAUAAGUCAGCUCAGAAAAGUAACAAUAUGGUGCCAUUUUGCUAAGAGCAUUUAAAGCACAUAUGCAGAAGCUUCCAUUAGUGACCACAGUUAUUUCAUAACUGUGUUUCUGGAUAACAGAUAGGGCUUUUAUUUGGAUUUUAAAAGGGGAAGGUAGCAGAAAACAACUGUUGGUGGAUGAAACAGGAAUCCAAGCUCAAAAUAGAGGCGACUGUCACUCAAAUAAAUUCAGUGAAGUCAAUAAGUUUACACAGGUAUGAGGGAUGAAAAUUUCCUCACAAACAUUAAUAUUAACAUGGUGUUAAAAA